CAAUUCGGAUUCGGAGGCUUCCAAUUCCAAGCGCUGCAAGCGGCAAAGCGAAGCCCUAACUCUUAUCCAUGGCCGCCGAUCCCACCCAGCAACAACUAGCCCUCGUCCUUGGUGCCGAUUCUUCUCACUUCGAAUCCCUAAUUUCCAAUCUUCUCUCCACCACCAAUGAUCAGCGCUCUCAGGCUGAGUCCCUCUUCAACCUCUGCCUUCAAACUCAUCCCGAUGCCCUCUUCCUUAAGCUUGCUCAUCUCCUUCAAUCUUCUCCUCGCCCCGAGGCUCGGACCAUGUCCACAAUUUUGCUUCGCAGACAACUCACGCGCCAGGACGCUAACCUCUGGCCCCAACUUGCCCCUUCUACUCAGUCCUCACUCAAGUUGGUCCUUUUGAAUUCCCUUCAGACUGAGGAUGUUAAAUCUAUUACUAAGAAGCUUUGCGAUACCAUCUCAGAGCUUGCCUCCGUUAUUUUGCCCGAUGGCGGCUGGCCAGAGCUCUUACCCUUCAUGUUUCAGUGUGUCACGUCGGAUAAUCUCAAACUGCAAGAAGCAGCUUUGCUGAUUUUCGCUCAGUUGGCUCAUUAUAUUGGUGAAACCCUGGUUCCCCAAUUGAGCACGCUCCACGCAGUGUUCUUACAGUGUUUGACGUCAUCCAAGAGUUCCGACGUGAGAAUUGCCGCUUUGGGCGCCAGUAUUAAUUUUAUUCAGUGUUUGUCGAACCCUUCUGAUAGGGACAGGUUCCAGGAUUUAUUGCCACUCAUGAUGCAAACCUUGACAGAAGCCUUGAAUUGUGGCCAGGAAGCCACGGCUCAAGAAGCCCUCGAGUUGUUGAUUGAAUUGGCCGGAACCGAGCCAAGGUUUUUGAGAAGGCAAAUAGUAGAUGUGGUCAGUUCAAUGUUACAGAUUGCAGAGGCAGAAUCCUUGGAAGAAGGGACAAGGCACUUGGCCAUUGAGUUUGUGAUCACCCUAGCCGAAGCCAGGGAGCGUGCUCCUGGCAUGAUGAGAAAGUUUCCACAGUUUAUACGAAGAUUGUUUGCCAUAUUAAUGAAUAUGUUGUUGGAUAUCGAGGAUGAUCCUGCAUGGCAUAGUGCAGACACAGAGGAUGAGGAUGCAGGCGAGACUAGUAAUUAUGGUUUCGGACAGGAGUGUUUGGAUAGACUUUCAAUUUCUUUGGGCGGUAAUACAAUAGUACCAGUUGCUUCCGAGUUGUUGCCCACUUUCUUGGCUGCUUCUGACUGGAAAAAGCAUCACGCUGCCCUCAUCGCAUUUGCACAAAUUGCGGAAGGUUGUUCAAAGGUGAUGACGAAGAAUCUGGAGCAAGUAGUGUCUAUGGUUUUAAAUUCAUUUAAAGAUGUCCAUCCUCGUGUACGAUGGGCUGCUAUAAAUGCAAUUGGGCAAUUGUCCACAGACUUGGGGCCAGAACUGCAGGUUCAGUAUCACCAUGUCGUGCUGCCUGCAUUAGUUGGGGCCAUGGAUGAUUUUCGAAAUCCCCGAGUACAGGCUCAUGCUGCUUCUGCAGUGCUAAAUUUCACCGAGAAUUGUACCCCAGAAAUCCUAACACCUUACUUGGAUGGAAUUGUGAGCAAACUACUAUUAAUCCUACAGAAUGGGAAGCAAAUGGUUCAAGAGGGGGCCUUGACAGCUUUGGCAUCAGUUGCUGAUUCAUCACAGGAGCAAUUUCAGAAAUAUUAUGAUGCUGUGAUGCCUUACUUGAAAGCUAUCUUGAUGAAUGCAAAUGAUAAAUCUAAUCGUAUGCUUCGUGCCAAAGCAAUGGAGUGCAUUAGUUUGGUAGGAAUGGCUGUUGGUAAGGAGAAGUUCAGAGAAGAUGCCAAGCAGGUCAUGGACAUCUUAAUGACACUGCAACAAUCUCAACUGGAGUCUGAUGACCCAACUGCGAGUUACAUGCUACAAGCAUGGGCACGGCUUUGCAAGUGCCUUGGGCAGGAUUUUCUCCCAUGUAUGAGUUUUGUCAUGCCUCCUUUGCUCCAGUCUGCGCAGCUUAAGCCUGAUGUCACCAUCACAUCUGCAGAUUCUGAUGCUGAAAUUGAUGAAGACGAUGACAGCAUUGAAACGAUUACUCUUGGAGAUAAAAGGAUAGGCAUUAAGACCAGUGUCCUGGAGGAGAAAGCCACAGCUUGUAACAUGCUAUGUUGCUAUGCCGAUGAAUUGAAGGAAGGAUUUUUUCCUUGGAUUGACCAGGUUGCUUUCACAUUGGUCCCUCUUCUUAAAUUUUAUUUUCAUGAAGAAGUGAGAAAGGCGGCUGUUUCAGCUAUGCCUGAACUAUUGCGUUCAGCUAAAUUAGCUGUAGAGAAGGGACAAUCACAAGGCCGUGAUGAGACUUACAUAAAACAGUUGUCUGAUUACAUAAUACCAAAUUUGUUGGAGGCCUUGCACAAGGAGCCAGAGAUAGAAAUUUCUGCCAGCAUGUUGGACGCAUUGAAUGAAUGCAUACAGGUCUCCGCGGCACUUCUAGAGGAAAGGCAUGUGCGGAGUGUUGUUGAUGAGAUUAAACAGGUUAUUUCUGCCAGUUCAACCAGAAAACAUGAAAGGGCAGAGAGGGCAAAAGAAGAGGACUUUGAUGCAGAAGAAAGAGAAUUCCUCAAGGAAGAAAAUGAGCAAGAAGAAGAACUUUUUGAUCAAGUUGGUGAUUGCUUGGGGACAUUGAUAAAGACAUUCAGGGCAUCUUUCUUGCCUUUCUUUGAUGAGCUUUCCUCAUACAUAACACCUAUGUUGGGUAAAGAUAAAACCUCAGAGGAAAGGAGGAUUGCCAUUUGUAUAUUUGAUGAUGUUGCUGAACACUGUCGUGAAGCUGCUCUUAAAUAUUAUGAUUUUUACCUUCCGUUCCUACUUGAAGCUUGCAAUGAUGAGUCUGCAGAUGUUCGGCAGGCAGCUGUUUAUGGGGUUGGUGUUUGUGCAGAGUUUGGUGGAUCUGUUUUCAAACUCUUUGUUGGAGAGGCUCUUUCAAGGUUAGAUGCUGUGAUCCGGCAUCCAAAUGCCCUUCAUUCAGAUAAUGUAAUGGCAUAUGACAAUGCUGUCUCAGCUUUUGGUAAAAUAUGCCAGUUCCAUCGAGAUAGUAUAAAUGCAACACAGCUUGUUCCAGUCUGGCUAAAUUGCUUGCCUAUAAAGGGUGAUUUGAUUGAGGCUAAGGUUGUGCAUGACCAACUCUGUUCCAUGGUUGAAAGGUCAGAUAGAGAACUUUUAGGCCCCAACCAUCAAUAUCUUCCCAAAAUAGUUGCUGUUUUUGCUGAGGUUUUAUGUGCGGGCAAUGAUCUGGCAACUGAACAAACUGCUAGUCGGAUGAUUAAUCUAUUGAGGCAGCUUCAGCAGACUUUGCCACCUUCUACCCUUGCUUCAACUUGGUCAUCCUUGCAGCCUCAGCAACAGCUUGCACUGCAGUCCAUCCUAUCAUCCUAGUUAUGUUUUACGGUAUGUUCGCGAUGGUCCCUCCUCACAAGACAUAUUUAAGGAAGCUGCUGCAUCAAGUCGAAGUUGUACCUUUGGCAUUGGAGUGUCCUUUUGAGAAUCAGCUGUGUCUGGUACUCUGGUUGUGUUUUCGGAUGGCUGGAUCCAGAUUUGGUAGUGCUACCCGGAAAUUCUGAGGCAUGGUUUGUCACUCAGAGCGGUUUUGAUUGGUAGGAUUGGAAGUAUAGAAAUUCUUGGUAUAGAAUCUUUGCGUCGAAGUGUUAUUCAGAAGGAAUCACAACUCACAAGGUUGUAACUUGAUCCUGUCUCUGGAUGAUGGGACAAGGUGUGAUCUAAGUCACCUCAUGUAACAUUGUGUCUUGUUGUGAGUUUUAACAGUUUUGGUAAUUUAUUUGUCCUUUGAUGUCAGAAACUUUUUAUUUGAUUAUUUUGUAUUUAUAAGCUUGUUUAUAACGGUUUCUGAUUUCUCUUUCCGCCACUUCGCAUUCAACUAUUGCGACUACAGCCUUUUAUGUCCAAAAAUAAUUUUUAAAAAUAUAUUUUCA